GGGAAGACUGACAGAAAUAGAAAAUGGCUGAUACGUGUGAUCUGUGUCUGCUGGGACUGAUCAUUUAUUAAUAUACAGUAUAAAAUAACACUCUACUUGUGUUUCAGGUAUGAUUGGAGCAGAAAUGACUGAUGUGUUCAUCAGUUCUGGUGAAAAUGUCCGUCUGCCCUGUAAUAAUGCUCUUUCUGACUGCAACUCAACUACAUGGAUCUACUAUAACAGAUUCAGACAUUCAGCAGCAGUUGAACUGAUUGGUUUAGGGAUAAAGAAUAAAGACACAGAGAUACAUGAGAGACUGAGUCUGGGGUCUGACUGCUUUCUGAACAUCAAGAACAUCACAGAAGAAGAUUAUGGAUUUUACACCUGCAGACAAUAUGUGAAUGGAGGAAAACAAGGAACUGAUGCACAUGUUUAUCUGCAUGUCCUUCAUGUUUCAGUGUCUUCAUCAUCAUCAUCAUCAUCAUCCUCACAGACUGAGAUCAGUCCAGGUCGCUCUGUGACUCUCUCCUGUCAGUUGUAUUCUGGAUUCUCCUGUGAUGAUUUGGUCCGUUCUGAGGGACUUCAGCUGUUGUGGGUGAAUCAGGCUGGUGUUGAUCUGACGACAGACUCCAGAUAUCAGAUAUUAUUCUCAUCAGAUCACUGUAUCAUCACUCUGACUACAACACUCCUGAAUGAAGAUGACAACAGAGAGUGGAGAUGUCAGCUUACUCUCAGAAAUCAACUCCAGACCUCAGUCAGAUACACUGUCAAGUAUUCAGCUCAGGAUGUGCAUGAAUCUACAGUCAGAGGUAGAGUCAGAAUGGUUUGAAAUCACAUUCGGUGCUUUGAUAGCUUUUGUCUUUGUCUGUAAUUGUCUCCAGUC